GAGGGAGAGAGGGGCGUGGUGGGGGAUCAUCAUACGUUAUUCUUGGCGUCGUCUCCAGUAUUUAGAAAUUUGUGAAAAUUAUCCAGGAAGAGAAGAAAUGGUUGGGGUUGCUCCUCCUGAUGACGAUAGAAUUAGAAGUCGAAGGCGUCUACCACUGUGGAUGCUGGGUGUAGCUGCUGCUGAUCAGACGACAAAUUCUGAUAAUGUAGAUGAAAGAGUUUUGCCCCAAGCUUCUUCCCAUUCUGAGGAAAAAUCUGUGACCAAAGGACCUGAAAAUGGGGUUCCGCUUCAAGAAAAGGACAAUUCAGGAGUAAACUCAGAUUUUCCUGUAAAAUGUGAAACAAAGAGAAAAAGAAAAUCAAGUAAUCGAGAUGCAAACUUCGACAGUAUUAUCACUGAAACCGUUUCAGGGAAGAAAAAGUAUAAUGGGCGCGGGAGAAAAGUUCAGGAAACUGCUGCAAGUAGAAGACGAAAAGCAAAGGGUUCCGACUUUGGAAGCGGUGAGGAAUUUGAGGUUCAGCCUCCAAAUGAUGACGGUGUGGAGCUGACAAUGGAUGAUCUGAUGGUCAUUGCUGAAGAGUAUGUCAAAGUUGAGAAGAAUGGUGAGAGACAAGCAUCAAAUAGAGAAUGUGGAUCAGAAAGGCAAGUUCUAAUGACAGCCUCUUCCUGCAAGGACUCAAGGUGUUUGCUUGAUGUCCCCAACAGUAAUCAAAGUUCACCUGCUCAUGAAUUGGCCAGUGAAGAAACUGUCAGCAUUGGCAGGAGAACAGCGGAUCCUGCUCAAGACAUGUUGGAUCUGUUUUUGGGUCCCUUGCUUAAGAAACCCCUCAUGAAGGAGAAUAAAUCUUUUGUAAAGGAUAUUGCAUUUGCGUAUGAGAUUGAAAGGCAAAGUCAGAAUAAUGUUGUUGGAGAAGAAAUAGAGCCCCUGAUGAAAAAGAAGAGCAGUCUUAAGGAUAAGGUGGCAAUGUUUCUUGACUGAAUAAAAUAUCCAAAUUGUUGGCUCAAACCUGUAUAGUAUGAUACAGCAUGGAGAUAUGCCGUGAUCGUUUGCACAGUACUUCUGGACAGCCUAUGUGGAGUUAUCAUCUUAGUCACGUCUUCAGUUCUUCACCACAGUUGAUAGUCCAAUAGUAACUGGUGCUAAUCCUGGGCCUUAUUUUCUAGUAAUUGAAUAGCCUUGUCCUUGUGAUAACCUUAUUCAUUUUUUUUUAUUUUUAUUUUUUAUAACAAGGAACCCCUCCAAGGCAGGGCCACUUCGUGUACCCAUAACCUUAUUAUAUAGCAUUCAUAUCAUAUUUUGUCUAACCUUUAAAAACUAGAAAAUG